GCGGUGGAGGAACUGUUCAACCUGAUGCAGCUGUUUGUGGCCCAGAGGUCGGACAUGAGGGAGGAGGAGCUGGAGGACGUCAAGCAGUUUAAGAAGACCACCAUCAGCUGCUACCUUCGCUGCUUGGACGGACGCUCCUGCUGGACCACACUCAUCAGGUAACACAGAGGGUAACAGGCGCGCACAGAGGGGAACAGGCGCACACUCACACCUGCUACCAGGGUCAUGUUCAUAAGGCACCAAAUGGAAGAAAACGGACUGAAACAGGGACUACCUGGAAUUGUCCAAUAGAACACAAUCAAUUCUGUUUCGAAACGUUUUAAAACAUUUUCCGUUGCAUGCCCUAAUGAACACGGCCCAGAUACAAAGCAUCUGCAUAGUUUGAAAAUAUGAACACACGGCAACCUAACCAGGGAAAUGUCUGAUGCCUUUUAGAGAAUCAUAUGGGCAAUGUCUUACUUUUGAAAUGAAUGAUAUGUGAAAUAUAGUAAUGUCUAUUAUAUAAUAUAACUGUGGUUUGUGUCCUCCUUCCCAGUGCCUUCCGUGUGUUAUUGGAGAACGAUGAGGACAGACUACUGGUGGUCUUCAACAGAGGACUCAUCCUCAUGACAGAGGUAUGACAAGACAUGCUACUCACAUUUACUAAUUAUGUUUAUUAGGCUUAUAUUGAACCAUUUAUACAUUGCAUUGUUUCACUGGCUCGUAUGUGAAUAUCAUUUUGAGUUUGUUUUAGGAAAGUGGGGUUGGGGGUAGACUCGUGUUGCCACAUUUCCAAGUCUCGUUCAUCACUCUGCGUUUUAAUGUAGUUUAUUCUGUAUCCAAUAUAAGAAAUGUUAUAUAUUUUUUAAAAGUUUGACAAUCUAAAGGGUGUCCAUAGAGGUUUAUCAUGACAUAGCUGUUACAUAAAUCAUUACCUGUCAUUUGACAUGCCACUCCCUCUCUCUCCAUCCUGCAGUCAUUCUACACCCUGCACAUGAUAUUGGUAGUUUGUGAUGAAGUUUAUUCAUUGUGAACUGUAUCCAGUAAAAUAAUAUUUUACUGUAAAUUGUAGGGAAGUUAAGUGUCAAUGUAGGUUUAAUUUCUUAGGCCAAGGGUUCUAGCAUAAACCAUUGCCUGUCAUUUGACGUGCCCCUCUCUCGCUCUCUCUCUCUCUCUGCUUCCUGCAGUCGUUCAACACCCUGCACAUGAUGUACCACGAGGCCACGGCGUGUCAUGUGACGGGGGACCUGGUGGAGCUGCUGUCCAUCUUCCUGUCGGUGCUCAAGGCCACGCGGCCCUAUCUGCAGCGCAAAGGUCAGCAAAAAUACCCUCACUCUCCUUCCUCUCUGACCUCCUACCUUGUAGCGAAACCUAAUCUCCAAGUCAAAUGUUUUGUCUCCCAUUGACAUCAAUGCAUUACUAAGUGAACGAGUUAGGAUUCGCCCCCUUGUGAAUAAGCCCAGCGUUCUUUUGACACAGCCUUACCUUUGUUAACCAGAGCUCAGUUACUUGCCUUUAUUAAGGGACCCUGAUGUAAAGACUCUGUAUAUCCUGUGUUCUUCUCCUAUAGAUGUGAAGCAGGCUCUUAUCCAGUGGCAGGAAAGGAUCGACUUUGCCCACAAGCUGCUCACCCUCCUCAACUCCUACAGCCCUCCGGAGCUCCGCAACGCCUGCCUGGGUAACAGCACACACACACACACACACACACACACACACACACACACACACACACACACAGAGUUUGGAUAAUAUUUUACCACAUUUCCCCUCUAAACUAUUCCACAUAGUAUAUGCAAUAGACCUUUGGAACAAUUCCAUUCACUCUAGGGAAUAAAACCAAUUCUUGUUGUUGUAUGGUAAUAUGAGAUGUCAUUUCACUAAUAGUUCCUGUGUAUUUCUGUUCCCCCUCCAGAUGUUCUGAAGGAGCUGGUCCUGUUGAGUCCCCAUGACUUCCUGCAUACGCUGGUGCCCUUCCUGCAGCACAACCACUGCACCUACCACCACAGCAACAUCCCCAGUGAGUCUCCCUCAACUGCAGCGCUGUACCUCUGUACACUGCACUGGGUUUAUUACUGCAACUAAGAAAGUCGUAUGUACUGACGAAAGUGAAUGACGACAAACACAAGCAAUCAUGAAAAUAUAUAAUGAUGAAUAAUACUACACAGUUCACGUAUUAUAUGUAACAGCAUGCUAUCCUAAGGACCCUGGCUCUGUCUGUAGACUCUGGUUCUCCAAGUGCAUGCCAGAGUAACGGGGAGUCUUUGACUGUCCUGGCCUCUCCGUGCCUGAGGCACUCACUCUACUGUCCUACAGAAAUCUAGAAAGAAAGAAAAAAAAAAACAUGGAAUCACUGUAGGCGGAGUCAUUUUGUCCAAAUCUCCUGUUGACAUAAAUGUUGCUGUAGAUUUGCGUAAGACCAGGUAGGAUUUGUCCCUCUGUGAUUUGUCUGAAUCUGACUGUAUCUUUGUACACAGUGUCCUUUGGGCCUUACCUGCCCUGCAGAGAGAACAUCAAGCUGAUGGGAGGCAAGAACAAUAUCAGACCCCCCAGACCUGAACUCAACAUGUGUCUCCUGCCUUCCAUGGUGGAGACCAGCAAGGUGUGUGUCUCUCUAUAAUACUGGGUCUAAUUUCUCUUGGCCAGUUUGUCAUUUCCUUAAAUACAUAAAGACUAUCUUUGGCACAAAGAUCAUCUUAAGUUUGAUGGUAGAUAAUAGAUAGAACAGUGGUCUUAAUGCUAAAGAUGAUCUUUAUGUUUUUAGGGAAUCUCACCCCAGGUUAUUAUUGUAAGAGAGAUUGUUCUCGAUAGCUUACCUGGCUAAGUAAAGGUUAAUGUAAGAUAAAGACAAUCUGUCCUACCUGGUUAAAAUAAUGGAAGUGGAAAUGGUGCCCAUUAGAGCCACAACUGAAGUUCCCUCUUGGGAAAAUAAAGUUACUCUAUUUAUGUUUCUUCACAAUUCAAGGUCUGUUCAUUCCAUGUGUAUAUUUGCACUAGGGUGGUCUUCUUCCUAUCAUUGAGAAGGAUCAUAAACGUCCAUGUCUCUCUCUCUCUCUCUCAGGGUAAAGAUGAGGUGUAUGACCGGAUGCUCCUAGACUACUUCCUCUCCUACCACCAGUUCAUCCACCUGCUGUGUCGAGUCGCCAUCAACUGCGAGAAGUUCACCGAGACCCUUGUCAAACUAAGUAAGUGGGGGUUUAUAUGUGUGUUUGUAUUGAUGUAGUUCUAAUGCUCCUAUAUCUAAUGACUAAAGAGGGCUGUGUUGUAUCUGUAUCUGGUGGGUCUCCAAUGUGACCAUAUCUGUCUGACUCCAGGUGUCCUGAUAGCGUACGAGGGCUUGCCUCUGCACUUGGCCCUCUUCCCCAAGCUGUGGACGGAGCUUUGCCAGUCUCAGGUAAAUAACACACACUUACACACACACCUAAACACACACUUAAACACUCAGUCACGCACACUCACACAAAGUACUCCAGACACAUAUGCAUUAUAUUUCUCUCACUUACAAACACACUUAACACACAUCACAAUAUACAAACACACUUUUACCGUACAUUGUCACUGACAUCUGCUAUGCUGUUUUGUAGUCGGCCCUGGCUAAGACGUGUGUGAAGCUUCUGUGCGAGGACCCGGCAUUCGGCGAGUACAUCAAGUGCAUCCUGAUGGACGAGAGGACCUUUCUCAACAACAACAUGGCCUACUCCUUCCUCACCUGCUUCCUGCACAAGGUAGCCAUCUCUAACAUCCGUUUAUUUCAACGUUGACCGCCUCUGCUUUAGCCUGUUUAUAGCCUGUAAUGUCAUUUAUGCAUCCAAUGACGACAUGCAACCCUUUUACCAAGGUUGGUUUUGCUAAGUCCAUGCUAGCCUGAGUCCCAGAUCUGUUUUGCCGUCUUGUGACCGCAAUGAUGUUGGCAAGACUGCAUAAUCCGAUCUGGCACUCAGGCUAACCGCUUGCUACUUUAAAUACCAAGUUGAUGGGCCUUGCGAGUGCAUGACUGUGUGUGUGUGUGUGUGUGUGUGUGUGUGUCAUCUCUCAGGUCCAGAGCCAGGUGCUGUCGGGCCCCAGCUGCGCCAACCUGAUCAGUCUGCUGGUGACCAACCUGCUGAACGAGUACCACAGCCUACAGCCCGAGCUGGCCUCGCACCGCCUGGAGCUGAGCAAGACCAGCGGCCUCCUCAACGCUGUCAGUACCCCUUAUUCACAUUCUGUUAAUACACUACUCAUGCCUUAUUCACAUUCUGUUAAUACACUAUGCAUGCCUUAUUCACAUUCUGUUAAUACACUAUUCAUGCCUUAUUCACAUUCUGUUAAUACACUAUGCAUGCCUUAUUCACCUUCUGUUAAUACACUAUUCAUGUCUUAUUCACAUUCUGUUAAUACACUAUUCAUGCCUUAUUCACAUGCUAUUCAUCCCUUUUUUCAUAUUCUGUUUCAUGCUCUACUCAGGCCUUAUUCAUGCGUACUUCAUGCUUUACUCGUUAAUUCCAAUGUCAUGCCUUACUAGAUUGUAAUUCCCUGUUCAAAUCCUAUUCUCUAGUAGAUAAUCACUCAUCUUCUGUCCCUCUCCCUCCCUCUCUUUAGGACCUGCGAGCGUUGGCGUUGAUGUUGUCCAUACACACCCCCCAGGCGUUGGACCCGGCUCUGGGCCCGGCCCUGCAGGAGUUGCUGUCCAAGUGUAGCGCAUGUGUGCAGCAACGCAGCACGCUCCAACAGGAGGCCAAGGACCGCAAGGCCAAAGGUACUAUACACGCAUGCAUACAGUAUCCUGUCACAAACAUUGAUGAAAGAAUUGAAAUGCAUUGGUGGUAGUCAAGUAUCCCUUUCAGCCUAUUGUCACAUAAUAGUUUAAGCAGAGAACAGGGUUGGACUCUGUAUCAUUUAAACUCGUUGGGAAAUUAAUAUGAAUUGAAGUCGAAAAAGCUAAUGAUAGUAGUACCUGUACACUGAUGUGAAGGUUAAUCACCUGAGUUUCUUCUGUCUCUCAGCGGAGGAGGAGGGCGCCACCCCAGUGAAGCGCCGGCGGAUGAGUAGCGACGACGGCCCCGGGGAGGGCACCAGCGCUGGCACCAGCACUGGGGGUGUGACCAUAUCCGGACCCGCCUGCGCCGCUUCCACCUCCUCCUCCUCCCUCCCCCCAUGUGUCGAGCUGAAGCCGGAGCACCAGGAGGCGCUGACUCCCACCAGCACCUCAGACACAGAGACGCGGGACUCCUCGUCCCUCAUCGACCCAGGAACCGAGCACGACCUGCCCUCACCAGAUCCUACCGCUGCCACCAGUUGCAGCCAACCCGCCGGGGACGCCUCCCCCAAGGAGGAGAAGAUGGAGGCUUCCUCUUCCUCGUCUUCCUCAUCAUCAUCCUCUUCCUCCCUCCCAGAGACAGGGGAGUUGUCGUAUGGCAGCGGCGGACAGUUAGGGGAGGAGCCGCAGUCUUCUCAGACUCAGCAGGCAGCCAUGGCAGGAGCGGAGGAGGAAGAGAGGAGGAGGGAAGCAACGGCGGCAAUGGAUGAGACAAAGGAGGAGAAGGAGACGGGCUCUAAGACUUGCGGAGGCUCGGCCGCCCUGGCCUCGGAGGACCUGGCCUUCCCAUCUGCCCUGGGGCUGGCAGGAGAGGGGCCAGAGGUCCCAGGGUGCAGUAGCCACGCCCCCUCGCAGGCUCUGAUAAACUCGGCCCCGCCUCCGGACACGCUGGAAAUGCUCUACAGGACAGUGGAGGCCACUAUCGCUGUGGUUACAAAACUAUCUGGGAAAGGGCCCUGCCCCGCCUCCUCGUGA